GGGAUUGGAUUUGAAUGAUCGUCGGUCGAUAUGUGACAACACUGACACAAGUCCAGAGGGAACAGCCGGGAGAUUUGAUGGGGUUGUUUGUUAUGUAGGCAGAGGUAUGACCUACAUCUCCUUGUAGCCACUUUGAACACCGUGCCGCUUUCCGGGUUGAUGCUUCUUCUUUGUUGAGUGUGAAAGGCGAGUGCGCCACUCGCCUUUCACACUUCAAAAAAAAAGCAAAAACCUUUUGAUUCCUAAACAACUCAUGGUGUUGGUAGCAUGUCGAUAUGUGGUGGGGUGUGCACUUUUCGCCCCUUGACUGUCUUCGGAGUUGGAAGCGCAUUCGGAGUCUGCGUUGACCGAUCGUCCAUCUUGCGCACGAUCUUCGAUAAAAAAAAACAAACAAACAGAUUUUCGACGACGUGCACUCUGGAUAUGGUGCAUGGACUGGCGAGGCUUCCUCCUCUCUUCUGGUGUAUGCGGUAGCGGGUAGCACGAGUUCGUAGCGGAAAAUGCAUGCAUGCUAGAUUCACAUCCUCAUCUGCACUGGUAUUCUUGGUCGCUGCGGUGGAUAGGUGCGGUGGCGCGUAAGAGCAUUUCCGUCGGCACAGCGUGGACGUGGAAUUGUGAAGUCGUUGACAAUGGGUUUACUUAUGUUCAGUCAAAACAGAGGUUCGGCAGAGCAACUGGCGAAGGUGGCGACUUCGACACAAGGCAAGUUCUUGAGGUUUCUUCUGUUGAUGACGGUCGGUCUGGCGGUCGUCUCUUGCGUUGCUUAUGCAAUGUUUGGCCUGGCUUUUCCUGGGGGAAAGUCGGGGGGGGGGGACGCUGACGUGCAGGAAUGGUUUGAUAUCCCGGACAAAUCAAACUCCGAUAGCAUUGCCAUGGAGGUAGUCAGGAUGCAAAUGAAGAAUUUGGCUGGCAGGGGUGUUUCUGUUUGCGUACAGCAGUGCAUGAGUGCUGCUGGGCCUCCCUGUGUUGAGCCUGGAAGAGGACUUGAGACGCGCGAUGCUGAUGGAAAGCCACCUUCAGGCAGUGAAAGCGAUGGGUACCCCCUUCUAUGGCAGAAAGUUCGGUCAAAGGCGGAGCUUGGCAUGGAAGACACAGAACAGCCAACCAACAAUGACGGAGCGGCAAAUCGCCAGGGCACGAAUGAUGCAGCGUCAGAUCGUCAGGCUGCCGACCAUGGAGCGUCAGAUCAUCAGGCUGCCGACCAUGGAGUGUCAGAUCGUCAGGCCACCAACCAUGGAGCGUCGCAUCGUCAGGCCACCGACCAUGGAGCGUCAGAUCGUCAGGCCGCCGACCAUGGAGCGUCAGAUCAUCAGGCCACCGACCAUGGAGCAUCAGAUCAUCAGGCUGCCAACCAUGGAGCGUCAGAUCGUCAGGCCACAGACCAUGGAGCUUCAGAUCGUCAGGCCGCCGACCAUGGAGCAUCAGAUCGUCAGGCCACCGACCAUGGAGCGUCAGAUCGUCAGGCUGCCAACCAUCGAGCGUCAGAUCGUCAGGCCACCGACCAUGGAGCGUCGGAUCGUCAGGCCAGAAGGAUCGCAGCAGAGGCCAUUGGGCAUGCUAAAACUCGGACAGAAUCCUCUGUCAAUGCAGCUCGUCGGGUUGAGAAAAAGGUAGGGGGUAGUAAUAAAGAGCCUCGGAGAGAAGAACGCGGUAAAAAUAAAGGGCCUCUGAAAGGAGGUGGCAGUCAAAAUAAAGAGCCCCGGAUGAUGAACUUUGUCGAAAAGUUUAAGAAGUUUGUGCCACCGAACAGUGGCAAAAGAGAUCACAUGUACUACAAACUGGCGCAGGAUGACAUUGAUCUCUUGGAACUUGCAACGACGAAGGCAAACUACAUGCCGCGGGUGGCGUUGCUGUUUCUCACGGAAGGGCCACUCGGCCCAGCGCCAGUGUGGGAAAACUAUCUCCGUGGGUACGAGGAUCUCUAUUCCAUUUAUGUGCACCAAAUGCCGCGCUUCGAGUUUCCGCAAAACGAUUCCAAACUCUUCGCCAGAAGGGUGAUACAGAGCGAGAAUGUCGAAUGGGGUCGGAUGGACGUGGUGGACGCGCAGCGACGACUGCUAGCGAAUGCUAUCAUGAACCCGUUGAAUCAGCGCUUUAUUUUCCUCUCCGACUCCUGUGUUCCCGUGACGGACUUCCUCUUUAUGUACCACUACCUUAUCGAUACCUGUGACAGUUUUGUCGAGAGCGCGCAGGCCAGAGGGCAAGCGCAGGCUGGAGAGCAGUAUGAUGCGAAGGGGAAACCGAUCGUCAAAAGAGAGGGUGUCCAGUUUCGAUCGCAGUGGUUUACCUUGACGAGGAAACAUGCAGCUCUCAUCGUGCAGGACCGGACAUACUAUCCCGCGUUUGCGUGGAACUGUGUGGGGGUGGCAGAGAGGACUGACGGCUUCUGCGUCCCGGGAUUUUCACGAUGGUGCAGACGAGAAACCCGUGUUAUUUGCGACCGUCAUGAGCAGUACAUUCAAACCGUUAUACGUAAUCUUGCGUCUCACGAGCUCAACCAACGAUCCGUAAUGUGGGCAUCGCAAGAGGGGUCGUGGGAUGCACAUGCUGUCUCUUGGACUGCUGAGAAACUAAGGGCCAAUGGCUCACUAUUGGAGUCUAUCCGGGAGCAGAAAAAUUGCCUGUGGAAUGGCCAGGAGAAGGAAUGCUUUUUGUUUGCACACAAAUUCACAUCGGACGCUGUGCCUCUGCUCCUUGAGAAGGGGAAACAGCUAGGACUUUGGAGAUCAUAGGAAGGUCUACGUCUGUUACAUAGGUUGUUUUUCCACUCUUCUUUACUUCUCUUGGCUUUGCUCACCCACAUAUUUCUGCCUAUUCCCUCCCUCCCUCCCUUCUUUCUUACUCUCCUUCAUCUCCUUCUCUGUGCUAUGCUCACCCACACGUUUCUGCUAGUGUGUGUGUGUGUGUGUGUGUGUGUGUGUGUGUGUGUGUCUUGCCCCAUACAUACCCUCCUCUUCACUGAUGCAUGGACACUUUCUUGCUCGUUCUCUUUGUGUCUCCCAUGCUGUUUUUAUGGCAACGUGUUUGCAGUCUUCGACUCCUCUCUUCCCUUGGCGAGCGUUAGUCCAAAUGCAGACAAGUAUCAUCCUCUACCCUUGUACAAAUGGGGCACUGGUUUUGGUCACACUCUCUUCGCAUCAGGUACACACCCUUUAGGGUGGGAUUACUAACAGAUUUCCUUGUUUCCAUCAUUUUCAUGUUCUUUCCCACAUUCAGUUGAUUCCUACUUACCCCCUCUCUGGCUCGCUUUCCUUGAGAGGCCUGCUCCCUGUUCCAUCUCCCCCUCCCCUCCCCUCCCCUCCCCUCCCCCACCCCAAAAGGAAAAACAGGAUAAUUGUCACACUGUGUUCUUCCACAUGAUGCUGACCUGACUCCCUUCAGCUUGUGGAGGGUGUUUCUGAGACAACAGUGGUUUGUUCAUAAGCCCUCUUCAUCACGUCGUGCUGCUUGUGCCCAUUGCCUUCCCAUCUGCCAUCUGAUUAGCCCUUGGUGAACGGGGUGGGGGCCGAGGGGCCGAGGGGGAGGAGAGAGGUUUAAACGACCAGAACACGCGGGCCUGGAGGCAUUUCACUGUGUGCUGAGCUUUUCCAAAUUGCCAGUGGGGUACUUUUCUCCUUUUUGGGCUGGGGUGCUGCCGGCCGUUGUGGUUCCGUCGCCCUGAGCCUCCGAUAUUUUCAUCGUCGAUGAAAGAUUUUUCCACAAGUCGGGGCCUGUGUUCUUCCGGUUUUCAUGCAUCUCGACCAGCGGCACGGUUUCGCUAGCUGCAUGCUGCCCCUUUCAUAUCCUUUGGACAUCUCAGACAGAAAUUGAAGUUGAAAGAAUUUAACAUGAAAGAUUAAACAAUGUAUACGGUCUCAAUUACCAGAGUAUACGUUCUGAAAUCUCGUAGUCUCCGCCCUGCCCUGAACCUAGAGAGAGCACUUUUUUUAAGUUUUUUUUUAAGUAGCAAGACUGACAGUCUUUAACAUUUCAAGCAUCGUACAGAGCGCUUUUUCACACGGACAAAAACUGGCAGGCUUGUAGAUUUAUGUACCAUACACAGAACAGUUUUUUCAGAAGGAAAACAAAAAUGAAAAACGUUUUGCGGAUCGAAAACUGGCAGUCUUUUUGAAAUUAGGCCACCAUCGCGUUGUUAUUAAUAUGUUUGUCGCCAUUGCCAGUAAUAACUUGAUAAGCCACGCCAGAAUAAUUUUGGCUCCAUUUAUUCUGCCGCCCACCAGAAUAAAUGCAGCCAUGAGUC